UGACAGCUCAGUUAUUUCGCUCGCUUUUUUGAUAGCACGCUUCAUUUCAUUUUCAUCAUUUCAUUUUCAUAAUCUCAUUUAAUUUUCUAUAUUUAAUUUGCCAUUUGAUAAAUGAUCCCAAUAAACACAAUGAAUGAUGAAAAAUUAAUAGAAGAAGUGCGGGCGCGUGAAAUUUUAUAUAACAAGGCCUGCGUAGGCUACCGAGUGCCGAGCCGGAAGAGGGACGCGUGGGUAAGCGUGGCGAAGGAGCUAGGUGCUACUGAAGAGCAGAGCUCGAAGAGGUGGCUGACUCUAAGGGAAAGAUUCAGUAGGGAGGUAAGGAAAAUGGAGGCACCAUCAGGAAGUGGGGCGAGUAACGCCGAAACCAGGCCAUUGUUCGACAAUAUGAGCUUUUUAAAACUAUAUAUACAGCCCAGACCGUAAGUU